AUGCGACUGUCAAGCACUCAACUGUCAGAAAAUGCAAGAUGAUGGACGAGAAAAAGAGGAGGAAAUUGGGUUUGAGCUUAAAGGUUUCUAAAAAACUUGUCAUAGGAGAUAAAGAGGAGUUCAAGAGCAAGUCAGGACUUCAAACACAAAAUGUUAAAAAUUUCAAAUCCCAGUUGAAAGUAAAUACUGAUCAUGUUAGUAGCUCUCCAGUGUGCGAGCCAUCAUCUUACUAUCGAUGUGAAAAUACCUCUACGAUUGAUAUUGGUAUUCCAGACAGCGAAAGAUUACUUUGGAAAAAUAUAUUUYCAUCUGCAGAGACUUGGGAGGAUUUAGAAGAUCUACCAAAAACUGGUGUAAGCAGCUCCCCUAAAAAAGAUGGAACAACUGUAACAAACAGUGAAAUCACAAAUAUAGAUGGMAUUAAUGACAAUUUGAAUAGAUUACAUCAUGACAACUACAUUGAUUUACCAAAAUCUUGUAUUAUUUGCURUACAAGAAAACCUGUCCAACUUAUUUAUCCAGCAAUUCAACAAACAGAACUAAAAACAUUGUUGCCACAAGUUAAGAAAAAUGCAUCCAAAGCUGCUAACAAAAACAUUGACAAAGAAAUACCAAUCAGAAGCAGUUUAGGUGAUGAUAACAAGAWGCAUGAUGUUGGAGGAAACAAGAGGAAUCAAAAACAGCAUCAUCAUGAACAAAAUUUUAUCUUAGGAUGCCACACUAGGGAUAUUAACAAAGAAGAAAAUAUGACAAGAAUAUCCAUGCCAAAUAAUGUAGCUAUUGAUCUUACUGAUGACAAUUCAGAACACAAAUCUGAUGGAUUUAAAAACCAUUGGAAGAAAAAAUCUCAUGGUUUUAGAUCAUUUCCAGGAAGUAUAGAUGAAAAUAUAUCAAAGAAUUCACAUCAGAUGCUCAAUUCUUGUUUAACCAACAAACUUGUUAACAAACCACCUAUUUGCAGUAAAGGAACCCCAAGUAAAGAGGAAUUAAAAUGUUGUCCAAUGUGCCAGUUACAGUUCUCUCACAGAAUGAGCAAGCAAGAAAUCGACAUUCACUUAUCAAGCUGUAUUGGAGAUGAAGUAAUUAUUGAUGAUGAUUCUGAUGAAGAUUGGUAGUAAUUAAAGAUGUCUUAAUCAAAAAUGAAAAUAAAUAGCAAAUAAAAUUUGUUAAAA